UUUAUAGCUUGCCAAAAAUCUGUACUUCCGUUUAUUGAUGUUGCCGUCUUUGUGUACAAGACAGAUACGAAAGUUGGUGACAUUACUUAAAGAAGAGUCACUGAUCAACUUAGCCACGACAGUGCUACCAUCCAGUCAUGGCUACAGCUCAAGAAUUUUCGACAGAGGAUGCGAAAGUUGUUUUAAGGGACAUUCUAGAAACCUUCACCAUUCCUGAAAAUCAGGUCCGAAUGGAGGAGGCGAGGGACAAUGCAGGCAAUGACAUGAUGAAGGUGAUGCAGAUGGUGUUCCCAGUUGCCACUCAGAUCCAAAUGGAUGUUAUACAGAGAUAUGGCUUUCCGGGGGAUGGAGACGGUAUUAUAAGAUUUGCUCAGACCAUCAAGGUGCUGGAGAAGCAAGAUGCCACAGUGGCAGAACUAAAUUCCAAACUGAAGUCUAUAGUGAUGCCUCCUAUGGGUGCCCCUCCAGCCAUGGACUCCCCUGCGUCGUGACAGAUAUGGACAAAUAUCGUGGCUUCAGAAGGUUUGGUGAAGGCACGGGGGCAUGUUUAGAGCAAAAAGUGACAUCGGCAAGCACUGAAAUUGCUUUUAGGAUGUUCCCAUAUGGGAACAUAAGGUGCUUAAGUGUUCAUAAAAAACUACUCAGUGGUGCCCCCUUCAGGUGAUACCCAGGGCAGGUGCCCUUACUGGCACACCGUGGAUAUAUUUCUGAGACUGGAAUUUUAAGGACUCGGACUGGAUGGGUAUAGACAACUUUUGAGUUAAAAAUGCUCAGAUAUGAAGGUGGAGACUUGUUGCUAAUAUGGAGAGUAGUGGUAGAAGUAGUAUUAGCAGUAGUAGUUUAUUUUCCAUUGUGGGACAUGGCAACAAAGAUUUGUGACUAGUGCAAAGUAAAAGGCACACAAAUGUACACAGAGUUUAUUAAAUAAGUAAAUACUGUGAAUAUGCCUUAUACUCAAAAUCUGUUAAAAUACUAAGGUACUCAUAAUGCUCUCUCAGUUUUUGUGCUUAAGUUCUCUCUUAACGCCCACCCGUUGUUGCUUAUCAAGAAGAAGAAGGAAAUAUGUCGGGGGUAUCAAGUACCGUUUAACAUCGUGCUGCACAUGUGAUUAAAUAAUUUUAAUACACUGUGAUGCAAGAUAUUUGUAUUCUACUAAUACAAGAGAGGGGAGUGGAAAGUGAAUAAAAUGAAUAAAAAUAAUGUGACAAAUUGACAAUUACCAUUUUUGCCUGAA